AUGUCCCCUGCAUUCAACAAAUUGAAAUAUUUUUUUAAAAAAAAAAAUACAAAAUGUCAUAUUGAAACUGGUUCAGACUUAUAUACCGGUAAUGAUUGCUUAUUGAAUAGACCAGUUGUUGGUAAACGUGAAGUGAUUGUACCUGUUAAAUUCGAUGCCCCAUUUGGAACUACACCAAAGGUUUGCUUAACUUUGGAUCACAUCGAUUGUGUUGCUGGUCAAAAUCCUGACAAAUCAUUCCAAAUUCGUUGUGGUGUCCAAGCUCAAGAUAUCACCACCACUGGUUUCAAUGCUGUUUUCUACACUUGGGAAGAAAAUUUAUGUUAUUCUCUUAGAGCUGAUUAUAUUGCAACUUCCUUUGAAUAA